AUGCGGAACCGGAAUCAGCAGUUUGACGGAAUGGGAUCUAAAGGAGAGAAAGAAUGGACACACACACAUAUGGACGUAACACUGUGGUCAGCAUUACUGGGAAUUUCCCACUGUAAACUGGAGAAUCUGAGUGUGGACCACAGUGGAGAGUGCCGGACCAGACCAGGCGUACAGAAAUACUCCUGCCAGCUGACACUGGACCCCAACACAGCACACAAACACCUGUCUUUCUCAGAGGGGAACAGGAAGGUGACAUGGGUGUGGUGGAGAAAGGAGGGGUCAGGUCGUUAUAGUCAGGAGAACUUUGAUGACUGGCCAGUCCUGUGCAGAGAGAGUCUGACUGGCCGCUGUUACUGGGAGGCUGAGUGGGAUGGAGAUGUAGCCGAGAUAGGAGUGACUUAUAAAGAGAUCAGGAGGAAAGGAGGGAUGGACUGUGAUCAUGACAAGUUAUGGAGUCUGCAGUGUCGUCCUGAUGAAUACUUUCUCUAUACCAAAAAUGGAGGGCCUGGCACACCCAUACAGCCCUCAGGCUCCCGCAGAGUAGGAGUGUAUCUGGACUGGGAGGCUGGUAUUCUGUCCUUUUACAGAGUCUCCUCUGAUGGACUGACCCUCCUGUACAGGAUCAGCACCUCAUUCACUGAGCCCCUCUAUCCAGAGUUUGUGGUUUAUCAAAGCAGCGAUCCGUUUGAGGAUUUUGAGUCUGAGGAUUCUGAGUCUGAGGAUUCUGAGUCUGAGGAUCACAUUGGACGCUCAGUGUCGUGGUGCAGGCUGCGAUAGCUCACUGCGCACUGGAGGAAUCAUUUUUACUGUAUCACAGUUUAACGUGUUGCCGCUUCUCCACGGUAAAUCUGUUUUUUAACAUGUAUAAUCCUUUUUACUCUGAAGUGUGACUGAUGUUAGAUAAGUUUUUUUCUCUCUGACUAAAAUACAACAAUGUAAUCCUGCUGGGGAGGGGGCAUAAGGUAACCCGCUCCCCUGUAUAUGUACAUUCUAUAUAAUUUAUGUAUAUAUUGUAUUUUCCUCUCUACAAUGACAAUAAAGGCCUUCUACUCUA